CCAGUGGAGGGAACUUCUCCAUGAAUGUAUGUCACCAUGAUGAUGACCGACCAAAUCCCUCUGGAACUGCCCCCACUUCUGAAUGGAGAGGUCGCCAUGAUGCCACAUUUGGUGAACGGGGAAGCGGCCCAGCAGGUUAUUCUCGUUCAAGUCAAUCCAGGAGAGACUUUCACAAUUCGAGCUGAGGACGGGACUCUUCAGUGCAUCCAGGGACCUGCUGAAGUUCCCAUGAUGUCACCUAAUGGAUCCAUCCCUCCCAUCCACGUGCCACCGGGUUAUAUCUCACAGGUGAUUGAAGACAGUACUGGAGUGCGCCGGGUGGUAGUUACACCCCAGUCCCCUGAGUGCUACCCUCCAAGUUACCCCUCUGCCAUGUCUCCGACCCACCACCUGCCCCCGUACCUGACGCACCACCCCCAUUUUAUCCAGAACUCUCACGCGGCCUACUACCCACCUGUCACUGUGCCUGGAGACAUGCCACCCCAGUUCUUCCCACAGCAUCACCUUCCCCCUACGAUCUACAGCGAGCAAGAAAUCAUCCCACUGUACGGCAUGUCCAGCUACAUCACCCGAGAAGACCAGUACAGCAAGCCCCCGCACAAAAAACUGAAAGACCGCCAGAUCGACCGCCAGAACCGCCUCAACAGCCCCCCCUCAACCCUCUACAAAAGUGGCUGCACCACCGUGUACAAUGGCUACGGGAAGGGCCACAGUGGAGGCGGCGGAGGUGGUGGAGGUGGCGGCAGCGGCGGGGGCCCCGGUAUCAAGAAGACUGAGCGGCGAGCCAGAAGCAGCCCAAAGGCCAAUGAUGCAGACUUGCAAGAAUAUGAGUUGGAAGUAAAGAAGGUUCAAGACAUUCUUUCCGGGAUAGAGAAACCACAGGUGUCGAACAUCCAGGCGAGAGCGGUGGUGCUGUCUUGGGCUCCUCCUGUAGGACUUUCCUGUGCUCCCCACAGCGGCCUUUCCUUCCCCUACAGUUAUGAAGUUGCCUUAUCAGACAAAGGACGAGAUGGAAAAUACAAGAUCAUUUACAGUGGAGAAGAAUUGGGAUGCAACCUGAAAGAUCUCAGACCAGCGACUGAUUAUCACGUGAGGGUGUAUGCCAUGUACAAUUCUGUGAAGGGAUCGUGUUCGGAGCCAGUUAGCUUCACAACCCACAGCUGUGCCCCAGAGUGCCCUUUCCCGCCCAAGCUGGCACACAGAAGCAAAAGUUCCCUCACCCUGCAGUGGAAGGCUCCAAUUGACAAUGGUUCAAAAAUCACCAACUACCUUUUAGAAUGGGAUGAGGGGAAGAGAAGCAGUGGGUUCCGACAGUGCUUCUUUGGGAGCCAGAAGCACUGCAAGCUGACCAAGCUGUGCCCGGCCGUGGGCUACACGUUCCGGUUAGCCGCUCGGAAUGACAUCGGCACCAGUGGCUAUAGCCAGGAGGUGGUGUGCUACACCUUGGGGAACAUCCCGCAGAUGCCCUCUGCUCCAAGACUCGUUCGGGCUGGCGUCACGUGGGUCACGUUGCAGUGGAACAAGCCAGAAGGCUGUUCACCCGAGGAAGUGAUUACCUACACCCUGGAAAUCCAAGAGGAAGAACACGAUAACCAUUUCCACCCAAAAUACACUGGAGAGGAUUUAACCUGUACUGUGAAAAAUCUCAAAAGAAGCACACAGUAUAAAUUCAGGCUGACUGCUUCAAACAUGGAAGGGAAAAGCUGCCCAAGUGAAGUGCUCGUUUGUACAACCAGCCCUGACCGGCCGGGGCCCCCGACCAGACCCCUCAUCAAGGGCCCGGUGACAGCUCACGGCUUCAGUGUCAAGUGGGACCCGCCGAAGGACAACGGUGGCUCUGAGAUCCUCAAGUAUUUGCUGGAGAUCACCGACGGCAAUUUCGAAGCCAACCAGUGGGAAGUGGCCUAUAGUGGAUCUGCUACAGAAUAUGUUUUCACCCACCUGAAACCAGGCACUUUGUACAAACUCCGAGCAUGCUGCAUCAGUACUGGUGGGCACAGCCAGUGUUCCGAAAGUCUCCCUGUCCGCACACUGCGCAUAGCGCCCGGCCAGUGUCAGCCACCGAGGGUUUCAGGGAGACCAAAGCACAAAGAAGUCCACUUAGAGUGGGUAAAAGAUGAGACGUGUUAUGGUCCCUAUUCUGAUGUGUCUGAAAUCACCACUGCAGCCGGGCCCCCGGGACAGUGCAAAGGACCUGGGAUUUCUUUCACAUCUGAUGGCCGUGUCCUUGUGAACUGGGAGAGCCCCGAGAGCUUGGGUGCAGAUAUCUCAGAAUACCGGUUGGAGUGGGGAGAAGAUGAAGAGUCCCUGGAACUCAUUUAUCACGGGCCAGACACCUGCUUCGAGAUAAGAGACCUGCUGCCUGCCGCUCAGUAUUGUUGCAGGCUACAGGCCUUCAACCCUGCAGGUGCGGGACCGUACAGUGAGCUUGUUGUGUGUCAGACGCCAGCGUCCGCCCCCGACCCCAUUUCUACGCUCUGUGUCCUGGAAGACGAGCCCCUCACCACCCACCCAGACCCACCCUCCGUGUGCCUGGUUCUGAACUGGGAGGAGCCAUGCAGUAACGGCUCUGAGAUCCUCGCUUACAACAUCGAUCUUGGAGACAAAAGUGUCACGGUGGGCAACACCACCAGCCAUGUCCUGCGGGACCUUCUCCCCGAAACCACAUACAGGAUCAGAAUUCAGGCUAUCAAUGAAAUUGGAGCUGGACCAUUUAGUCAGUUCAUUAAAGCAAAAACCCGGCCCUUGCCACCCUUGCCUCCUAGGCUGGAGUGCGCUGCUGCCGGCCCCCAGAGCUUAAAGCUAAAGUGGGGGGACAGUAACUCCAAUUCCAAGACACACGCUGCUGAUGACAUGGUGUAUACACUGCAGCUAGAGGACCGGAACAAGAGGUUUAUUUCGAUCUACAGAGGACCCAGCCACACCUACAAGGUCCAGAGACUGACGGAAUUCACCUGUUACUCCUUCCGAAUCCAGGCAGCCAGUGAGGCUGGGGAGGGGCCCUUCUCAGAAACCUAUACCUUCAGCACAACCAAAAGUGUCCCCCCUACCCUCAAAGCACCACGAGUAACACAGUUAGAAGGCAAUUCCUGUGAAAUUUUUUGGGAGACGGUACCACCAAUGAAGGGCGACCCUGUCAGCUACGUUCUACAAGUAUUGGUUGGAAGAGAAUCCGAGUACAAACAGGUAUACAAGGGAGAAGAUGCCACAUUCCAGAUCUCAGGCCUCCAGACCAACACGGAGUACAGGUUCCGCGUGUGCGCGUGCCGUCGCUGCCUGGACACCGCACAGGAGCUCAACGGAACCUUCAGCCCCUCUGCGGCUUUCACCCUACAACGAAGUGAGGUCAUGCUCUCCGGGGACAUGGGGAGCUUAGAUGACCCCAGAAUGAAGACCAUGAUGCCUACUGAUGAACAGUUUGCUGCCCUCAUCAUGCUUGGCUUCGCGACUCUGUCUAUUUUAUUUGCCUUUAUAUUACAGUACUUCUUAAUGAAGUAAACAACUCAUAUGAAUUUACUUAGUGCUACACAUUUUAAUACACACAUUUAUUCAGAUACCCCACCCCCUUUUUUAAAAAGCCCUUUUGUUCUUUGAUUUAUAUACUUCUCUUGUUUUACAGAUUUAGCUAGGGAAAAAAAUGUCAGUGUCUUGGUGCACCUUUUUGAAAUGCAAAACUAGGAAGAGGUUAAACUGGAUUUUUUUUUUCUUUUUUAAUUAAAAAGAAGAAGAAGAGGAAGAAAAGCAAACCAG